AAGGUUGUAAAAAAAAUGGAGCAAAAUGUGUCCGGAUCUCUGAAUUUGUUCGUCCACAACAGCAAAGAAGUCGAAUUCACUGUUCGGGGGCCACGAUUUGUGACCUUUGACCUCGAGGAUGACCACCGAAUACGGCCUGGGUCUUGCAUUCUUGAUAUCAUUUUUCCAGCCCCAACAAAGGUCGGCGAGAUAAUUUUCCGCAACUAUUACACCGCGUGGGUCAGCAUUUUGAUCAAAGGUCCGCCGAGCCAGCAACCCGCGCCCGUUGGCAAGCAGGGGCCUAGUCGCGCUGUUGACGAAGAGGUCAGCCCAUGGCAACUGGCAGUUCCGCGAAAAGUCAUCAUGCCAAAUCCUCACUACGAAUCUGGCAGUCAUGAUCUCAUCAGCAUUUCUGCCACAGAGAGCUCGCUGGAUUGGACUAAUUUGCUAGGAAUGAGGAUUUUGCUGCAGCAGCCAUCGCCGGUGUGGAGAACGUUUCACAUCGAGCAGAUCAGCGUUCUAAAAGAUCUCCCACGGAGACUGGCAAAUUCGAAUAACGAGGAGAGCAUGUCUGAGAAACUUUCAAGCCAAACUCUAACUGCUCUGAGAAAGAGCAAUGCGCCUGAAAGAGAGGGGCCGCCACCGAAAGACUUUGUGGGUCUCGUUGGAUACGAAGUGCAAGGAUUUCUUCUUCUGUAAUUCCAACCAGGAAAUUAAAACAAUCCGC